UUAGUGGUGUGAAACCUUUAAACAAAAUGGCUGCCCAAAAAGGAAAAUCAAGCGUAAAAAUUGCUCCUGGCGCUAUUGUGUGUGAUGAAUGUGAACUACAUGGGGACAUAACUAUUGGUACAAGAACAGUUGUUCAUCCAAAAGCAAAGAUAAUUGCAGAGGCUGGGCCUAUCAUUAUUGGAGAAAACAACAUUAUCGAAGAAUUGGCAUGCAUAAUAAAUAAGCCGGCGCCCAGUGCCACACCAGGAGGCACACAGGCUGUGAUGAUCAUUGGAAACAAUAAUGUGUUUGAAGUUGGUUCAU